UGUAAAAGAAGGGAUUUGCUCGAACACGGCCAUGCUGUUUAUGCCUUUCUUCGCAGAUCAACCACGGAAUGCGCUUUUUGCGCAGAAGUUGGGCGUAGCUGAAGCGAUCUACAAAAAGAAUGUUACCACAGAAGAACUGUCUCUCAAAAUUAACAAAGUCUUGUCCAAGCCUAGUUAUGGCCACCGAACAGAAAAGCUUUACCGACUAUAUUUGGACCAUGUAAUCGAACCCUUGGAUUAUGGAUCUUACUGGGCCAUGCGACUUUUGAAAAUCGACGACAAAUAUUUGUUUUAUUACAAGAAUCGC